AUGUCAGACCUACCCCACCACGACGAACGGAAGGAGGUCGACAACAGCCCAAGUAUUGCCACACGGGCCUCUGCGUCCUCCUUUGUAUACGACCCCGUCCUCGAAAAGCGCAUCUGGCGCAAGUUCGACCUUUAUUUCGUCCCGAUCGUUACUAUGUUCUACUUACUCUCGUUCUUGGACCGUACAAGCAUUGGAAAUGCCCGUGUAGCAGGCCUCCAAAGGGAUCUCAAGAUGACCAACAGCCAAUACUCAAUGGCGUUGACCAUUACCUAUAUCCCAUACAUUAUUGCUGAGCUGCCCACAAACCUUUUACUCCGCUCUGUUGGCCCUAAUAUUAUGAUGCCCACAAUGCUGAUACUCUGGGGUGUCGUAACAACACUUCAAGGUGUUGUCACAAGUUAUUCCGGCCUUCUGGCUGCACGCUUCUUCCUUGGGCUACUUGAAGGUGAUGUCCUUUUCAUUGAACUCUUGGCUGCCGUUUUCUCGUCGGCUUCCCUGGCCGGCGCUUUUUCGGGCAUCCUUGCCUCCGGUAUCGUCAAGAUCAAAGAAUCCUCUACUCAAACACGACCUGGAUGGUCAUGGAUUUUUAUCAUUGAAGGGUUGUUCACAGUCAUAUUCGGCCUCGCCUCUUAUGUCCUCCUUCCUCGCUCUCCCAAGACCACACGUUUCCUCACUCCUGAGGAACGGGACUACAUCGUCGGUGUGCUUCAGGGAGACACCGUCGCAGAUGAUGAAUUGUUCAGUUGGCAUGAUGUUGGUCGGGCGCUCGUGGCACCACAGGUGAUCGUGGCGGCAAUCGUCUUCUUCUUCGUUGGGAUCGUGCUUUUUGGACUGGCCUUCUUCGUCCCGUCCAUCAUUGUGGGUCUAGGAUACACUGCAUCGGCAGCCCAAUUGAUGAGCAUCCCUCCGUAUGCGGUUGCUUUUGUUGCGGCUAUCCUCUUUGCAUUCAUAUCCGAUCACUAUAAAUGCCGUGGUCUGGUCCUUAUAAUCAUUUCCUUCCUUUGUACAAUCGGCUUCGCUAUGUUUCUCGGCUCGGAUAAGCAAACUGUACAAUAUUGCUCCCUUUUCUUCUCCGUCUCGGGCAUCUACUCCACGGGCCCCGUGCUAUCCACUUGGGCAUCUAACAAUAGUGCCCCCCACACACGACGCGCGACUGCCAUUGCAACUGGUUUUAUCACUUCGAAUGUGGCCGGCAUCCUCGUGACGUGGUUAUUUGGGUCACUUUCAGCAGCUCCACGGUACCACAGCGCGACGAUCGUACUCUUGAUAUCCUCUGUCGGUAUAGGCCUUUUUGCUGCUGCGAAUGUAGCGUACCUUGUGCGGCAGAAUCGACUCAAGGCGGAGGUGCGCCGGACGUUGCCGCGGGCGGAAGAGAAGAAGGGGUUGGGCGACCAGUCAGCGUGGUUUGAGUAUAUGUUGUGA